CACUGCUACGUUUGGGUACGAUUAUGUUAAAAUAAGACCAUCUGUAAACACGCACAAUUUACCUGUGUAGGGUUUAAUGUGGUGCCUAUUAUCGCUCAGCGACUCUGGAAUCAGUAUCCAUGGUAACUGGACCAUGUCUCAGCAGUAGGAUUAUUUGUAAUGUUGUUAUUCUAUAAACCUGGCUGUUCAGUACUGGGAAAUGAUCUAUUUGUUCAGUUUUUGAAGACGAUUAAUGAAACAAUUCUAAACUGUUUUAACAUUCGGAAUUAAGCUUUAACUAACUGGAUAUUUUACGACCCUUCAUCUAAAAUACACGGGACAGAAAUGUUUUUCCUUUCUUCGCGUUUAAUCAGAAAUGAAAGCGGACAUGCAAUUUGAAAAGGCAGACGUCUUUGAAAUUUGUCGAAAAGCCUUAUAGUUGAAAGCACAUUAAACAAAUUUCACCACAUACCAGGAAGUUACAUUACCAUAUGGAAAUUAAACAACAUGACGAAAGCUGUGAGAUGUAUAGGGAUUAUUAAUCUCUCUUGGUCGUACUUGGACAUCGAUUUUAUCUGAGAACCUAGCAGAGACUGUGUCUUAUUGUGAUACAGUGACAGGUAGGGAGUCUGCUGGGAAGGGAGGAGAGAGGGAGAAGAAGAGGAGGGAUAAGACGAUUAAUCUAUUACUACCUCGAGAUAAACAUGAACGGCUUACCAGGAAUAGAAGUACUCUUCCGAGAACAUCGUCGCCUGGCAAAUAAAUUAACCAAGGAUGAGAUGAAGGCACUGCGCGGCUACCUCAACAACUGUUUGAUGCAGGAACACGGAGAAAUGGUGUUUGAACUGGACAACCUGAAAACGUCAUAUAACGCAAAGGUAUUUGAAUUCGAAGACAAGUUGUCUGAAACACAGAAGGAACUAAAGUUUAAAACAGAACUUCUCGAACAGUACAAAUCCAGUGACAGUAGCCUAGCCAUGGUACAUAAACAGCGCGAGAAAAGGCUAGAACACAAACAGUCCUUCCUCCUUCUAGACAUUGAAAAGGGUCAAGACGCGCUCAAGUCACUCAACACACAAACACAGGCGUUAGAGACUGAUCUCCAACAAAGGGAGCAGGUCAUUGAAGAACAAACUCGAAAGAUUGAGGGCUUGAAACUUGUCAUUGCUGAACAAAACAACAUUAAAAACCAAAACGUUGAGGACCGUACUCACAAACUAGGCCAGGAUGUUCUUAAGCUCAAACUAGACAUUGACCAAUGGAAUAGAGAAUGCCAAAAACUAAGAGAGGAAAAGCUCCAACUACUCAAGGAGAAAAACAAACUAGAGGAGAUGUUAGAGGAACAAGUUCGUCAAGGGAACGACAUGAAGGACAGUAUGCAGAGUCUGCGUAAACAAACGGCCUCCAAAUGUGAGCAACUAUCUAUGCUUCAGUAUCAGUUAGACUUGGAGAAGAAGAAAAUGACGGAUUUUCACAAAGAGCUUCAAAUGAAAGAGAACUUUGGCCAAACGCCAAGACGCGGCAGUUGCGAUCAAGAUUUCAGCGAUGUCGCUAGAAUCAGGGCCGAUUCCUACAGGUCUCAGGUGCAAUUCCUUGAAUGUCGGAUUAAAUUAUUGGAAGAAAAAAUCGCCAUGUACCGAAGUCAAGUUCGCGAUAUGAGCCGGGAGAUCACAGAUAUUGCUGAAGACGUGACGAAAUCGUCACAUCUCAGAGACCGGAUAUUUGUCCAUGGCACAACAAUCGUGGAAAAAAUCCAACGCGAAUUACACGAAAACAUUGUGUCGAGGAGGACUAAACUUGAAGCUUCCCUUGACGAGGUUUUGAGAAUGGCACCGAUAGCCAUAUCUAAGGAAGCAUGUGAAAUCAGAGCCGAUGCGCUAACGUUAAAAAAACAAGCAGAAGUUCAUCGCGUCAACGACGUCCUUGUGAGAUCGUCUCGUCUUCUGACACGGGUGGAUGCAUGUGAGAAAACAAAAUUCUCAGGCAAAUUUUUAACUGGGAGCGUACAUGUCAUUCCAAACGGAAAUAAUACAAACAACAACGUACGACCGAAAUCGGACAUACGUCAAAAGAAGGACGAUAGUCAGGAGAAGUGCUUCACCAUUGUAACAAAGAAACAGGCAAACGGCCAUCUUCUCUCGAGACCUCGACAGUUAAAUGGGUCUGCACUUCCGCUUUGGAAACGGAAACACUCAUUGUCAAUGGAUAUGACCAACUGUAUAUCCCCAGCACUCAUUGACCUUAACCUCAGUCCCGGUAGUUCGCCAUCUCCGAAAGACAAGAGGACAUUCUUUCCACACAGUCAGAGUAUGGCUGCUAUCGACGGCAAGCGAUCUCAUUCUGAAUCUUAGCAAAGCCGCAUGAUCUUCCAACUGUGGGUUUUGUAUUUAAAAAUUAGCUGUAUAUACAAUAAAUCUCGUAGAUUAAAAACACACACCUAAGCAUUCUACAUGUUUCUUCUUUCCAGUAAGUAGCUAGAUGACAUGAUGUCGAAACGUUCAGGUGUGUCCUUUAUUAUUUGUGCUGAUGUAAACAUUGACGUGUACUUAUAUUAUAACGUACAAUGUAAGUCUCAAUGAAACAAAUAAUGCAUUUGUUUUAUGACAGAAAUGCUAUGACGAAAACAUAUUUAUCAUAUGGUCUAUUCUUUACAUUUUUACGUGUACAUCUUUUCAUGCUAUACAUGUUUUAUAUACAAAUCCAUAAUGUUCAUAUAGAUCUGUAAUUUUACUUGUUCAUUAAGAUAGUUGAGUUAAAAUUUGACCAUGAUCAUAAAGAUAUUAAUUACGCCUGGUUACAUGAUAUUUAAAUACCGUGAUAUACUAGUAGAUAUUUUAUGGUUGCAUAAGUAUUCCCUCAUUAGUACAUUGAUAUUGACAAAUAUUUACAUGAAUAAUUGUGUGAUAAUAUGGAUAUAUACGUAUAACAACAUACAUGUAUGUAUAAUAUAUAAACGUUUGAUUUAAUUGAUGUUGACCGGUCCUUAACCAUGGCUAGUGUAGAGCUAUGUACGCUCAUAUAAAUAUCUACCAUGCUAGUAUAUAUCUACUGUUAUCAUCGUAAAUAUCCAUGAACUUGUUGUAUAUAACUCAUUUGUCAGAAUCAGUGCAUUAUUGGACGACAGACUAUGGACGAAGGGACCUGUCGGUCUUGAAACGUUGCGACACGUUCAAUUCAUAUAUUAUUUGUGUAUAUAGUAAAACUUUGAUAUUACAUAUUUCCAAACAGAUGAACCUUAUUGAAGAGGAUGGACGAAGAUGUACCAUGCUCGUAUACAUACGAUGUAUUGACUUUGUUCAUAUAGUUCCACCAUACUUAUGUUUUCAUGUAAUACAAAGGUGCAUUGUUACUAGUAUGAAUAUGUAUAAAUAUAUUUUGUAAAAAUAUUGUGA